AUGCAGGGUCAAGAAGCCAACUUGAUCUUCCAAUAUCCUUGUGAUAGUUCAAAAGUAACAUUACAACAAUCUAACAGACUGCCAUUUUAUAAAUCAACAGAAGGGUCAUCACUGUCUUUGCCUGCAAAUCAGGCUCAUAGAUUUGAGGUUAAUAAUAUGAUUAUCAAUGGGAGCUGCUAUCUGUAUCUUACGAUAAAGGAUCUAAUGAGAGAUGAUCAAGGAACAUUCAUUUUGUUUGUUUACAAGGAUAGGGAUAUACUAGGUGAUAAUACACAUAGAAUUUACCUGAAGGUAAACUGUCCCCCUGAGAAAGCACGUUGUGUUCUGGGGGAAGAUUAUGGUAGAGGAUGGGUAGAGGUAGACUGCACAGCCAAUGCUGGAAGUCUACCAGGGAAGAUUGAAUGCUAUCAAAAUGGUUUAUGGAUGCCUCACUUAACAGACCCUGUUCUGACAGGCCCUUUAUUGAAACAGACUAUUCUCAUCAGGAAAUCACAGCCAGCGUUUUGUUGCUCUUCUGCUUUGAAUGCAAAUAAAUCAAGCUGUGAAUGUGAUGAUACUUUGUUGUAUCAAGAUGUAUAUCAGAGGAAAGACCCUUGUCCUACCAUACCAAUCACAACACAAAAAUCAACAGAUCAUACAGACACGGUAACGUUUAUAACCACUAUGACCUCUACAGACUACCACUUAUCAACAUCCGCUUAUGCAAUAAAAAUGUCAAGAAAUGAACGAAAAACAAUAGGCCUAAUCAUAGUUUGUGCCAUUACAAUAGUUUUGGUCAUAUCAUUAAUAUUUGUAAUUAUCCGUUGUGCCUACAUAGAACAAAAGCUCAAGAAUAGGAAUGUUGCAUCAGAACAUCCAUUAAAAAAUGUUGAUAGUGAUGCUGAAGAAUAUAUUGAACUGAAUCCAAAACAGGAUAUGCCCCGUUGCAGCAAGGACCUCAAGAAAUUUGCAGACAUCCAUGAUAAACUGAAAACAUUUGAUAAAUUAAAAAAAAAUGAAUAUAUUGUCAGGACACUAUGA